UCCGGAAGUGCUGAGGUGGCUUGGGCCCCAUAGGAGUUGCAACUCCGGAUACGUGCGUGGUCCGGUGGACCCAGAGCGAAGAAGCGAGAGCACACCUCUGGCAAAGGACUAUGUCGACCGUAGUAGCGCAGUCGCUGCAUGUUUUUGGCUUCCGGUCUCACGUGGCCAACAAUGUCUUUUUCUUCGAUGAGCAGAUCAUUAUAUUCCCUUCAGGAAAUCACUGUGUGAAGUACAAUGUGGAUCAGAAAUGGCAAAAAUUCAUCCCAGGUUCAGACAAGAGUCAGGGCAUGCUGGCCUUGUCCAUCAGUCCCAAUCGCCGAUACCUCGCGAUCUCCGAGACUGUGCAAGAUAAACCCAUAAUCACCAUUUAUGAACUGUCAUCCAUUCCUUGCCGGAAGCGCAAAGUCCUGAGUAAUUUUGACUUCCCAGCUCAGAAAUUCAUCAGCAUGUCUUUUUCUCCAGACUCCAAAUACCUACUGACUCAGUCAUCACCUCCAGAGUCAAAUCUGGUCUAUUGGCUAUGGGAAAAGCAGAAAGUAAUGGCCAUAGUUAGAAGUGACAUUCAGAACAAUUCUAUCUACCAGGUGAGCAUCAAUCCUCAGGAUAACACUCAGGUUUGUGUCACUGGAAAUGGGAUGUUUAAGCUUCUCCGUUUUACUGAAGGGACACUGAGGCAAACCAAUUUUCAGAGAGGAGAACCCCAAAACUAUCUAGCCCAUGCCUGGAUAACUGAAGAAAAGAUCAUUGUUGGCACUGAUACAGGCAAGCUGUUCCUCUUUGAGUCUGGAGAUCCACGCUGGGAAACAAGCAUAAUGGUCAAGGAUCUUGCCGAUGGUUCAAAGAGCCUGGAGAUCAUCCAUGAAUCAGAGAGCCUGAUUGAAUUUCCGCCGGCCAGCUCCCCAGUCCCUUCCUAUGAACAGGUCACCACAACCAGUAGCCACAAUCAACUGCCCAUGCCCCAGGUGUUUGCCAUCGCAACCUAUUCUAAGGGAUUCGCAUGCUCUGCUGGGCCAGGAAGAGUUCUGCUGUUUGAGAAGGUGGAAGAGAAGGACUCUUACCGGGAGAGCAGGGAAAUCCGGAUUCCUAUAGACCCACAGAGCAAUGACCCAAGUCAGUCAGACAAGCAGGACAUUCUAUGCAUGUGCUUCAGCCCCUCGGAAGAAACGCUGAUUGCCAGCACCAACAAGAACCAGCUCUACAGCAUCACCAUGUCUCUGACAGAAAUCAGCAAGGGGGAGCCUGCUCACUUCGAGUACCUAAUGUACCCAUUACACUCAGCAUCCAUCAUGAGUCUGUCUACCUGCAUUCGCAAACCCCUCAUUGCCACCUGUUCCCUGGAUCGAUCCGUUCGCAUCUGGAACUAUGAAUCAAACACUCUGGAACUAUUUAAGGAAUACCAAGAAGAGGCCUAUACAAUCAGCCUUCACCCUUCUGGGCACUACAUUGUAGUAGGGUUUGCCGACAAACUUCGCCUUAUGAACCUACUCAUUGAUGAUAUACGCUCUUUCAAGGAAUACUCUGUGAGAGGAUGCAAAGAGUGUGCCUUUAGCAAUGGAGGUCACCUGUUUGCUGCAGUCAGUGGAAAUGUCAUUCACAUUUUUACCACCACCAGCCUAGAGAACAUCACAAACUUGAAAGGACACACAGGGAAGAUCCGGUCUGUUGUGUGGAAUGCAGAUGACAGCAAGCUGAUUUCUGCCGGCACAGACGGUGCUGUGUAUGAAUGGAAUCUGUCUACAGGAAAGAGAGAGACAGAGUGUGUGCUCAAGUCCUGCAGCUACAACUCUGUGACCAUCUCCCCUGAUGGCAAAAUUAUCUUUGCUGUUGGAUCAGACCAGACCCUCAAGGAGAUUGCAGAUUCUUCGGUCCUUCGAGAAAUGUCAGCAUUUGAUGUCAUCUACACAGCUAUUAUCAUCUCACAUUCCGGGCGCAUGAUGUUUGUGGGUACCUCAGUGGGAACCAUUCGUACCAUGAAGUAUCCUCUGCCUCUGCAGAAAGAAUUCAACGAGUACCAGGCUCAUGCAGGCCCUAUCACCAAGAUGUCGCUGACCUUCGAUGACCAGUUCCUGCUGACGGUUGCAGAAGAUGGCUGCCUGUUCACCUGGAAGGUCUAUGAUAAGGAUGGCCGGGGCAUCAAGCGAGAAAGGGAGGUGGGCUUUGCUGAAGAGGUGCUCGUGACUAAAACAGACAUGGAAGAGAAGGCUCAGGUUAUGUUGGAGCUAAAGACCCGUGUGGAAGAGUUAAAAAUGGAGAACGAGUAUCAACUUCGACUAAAAGACCUGAACUAUUCAGAGAAGAUUAAGGAGCUCACUGACAAGUUCAUUCAGGAAAUGGAGUCCUUAAAAACGAAAAACCAGGUUUUAAAAACAGAAAAAGAAAGACAGGAUAUAGCUCACCGAGAGUAUAUGGAGGAACUCCUAGACAAACAGAGCCGGGAACUGCAAGACCUGGAAUGUUGCAACAACCAGAAGUUGCUCCUAGAAUAUGAGAAGUACCAGGAACUGCAGCUCAAGUCCCAGAGGAUGCAGGAGGAAUAUGAAAAACAACUCCGAGAUAAUGAUGAGACCAAGAGCCAAGCCCUGGAGGAGCUGACCGAGUUCUACGAGGCCAAACUGCAGGAGAAAACCAACCUUCUGGAAGAGGCACAAGAAGACGUCAGGCAGCAGUUGCGGGAGUUUGAGGAGACCAAGAAACAGAUUGAAGAAGAUGAAGACCGGGAAAUCCAAGAUAUCAAAACCAAGUAUGAGAAAAAGCUUCGGGAUGAAAAGGAAUCCAACUUGAGGCUCAAGGGAGAAACAGGCAUCAUGAGGAAGAAGUUCAGUAGCCUGCAGAAGGAGAUUGAAGAGCGAACCAAUGACAUUGAGAUGCUCAAGGCAGAACAGGUGAAGCUGCAAGGAGUCAUCAAGUCUCUGGAGAAGGACAUGCUAGGCCUCAAACGAGAGAUCCAGGAAAGGGAUGAGACAAUACAAGACAAGGAAAAGAGAAUUUAUGACCUGAAAAAGAAAAACCAAGAACUAGAGAAAUUCAAGUUUGUGCUCGACUACAAAAUAAAGGAACUUAAGAAACAAAUCGAACCUCGGGAAAAUGAGAUCAAGGUGAUGAAGGAACAGAUUCAGGAGAUGGAAGCUGAGCUGGAGCGUUUCCAUAAACAGAACACACAACUGGAGCUGAACAUCACAGAACUGUGGCAGAAACUGAGAGCCACCGACCAAGAGAUGCGCAAGGAGCAGCAGAAGGAGCGGGACUUAGAAGCACUGGUCAGGCGGUUUAAGACAGACCUUCACAACUGCGUGGCGUAUAUCCAGGAGCCCCGCUUGCUGAAGGAGAAGAUCCGGGGUCUCUUUGAGAAGUAUGUGCAGCGGGCAGACAUGGUGGAGAUUGCUGGGCUGAACUCAGACUUGCAGCAGGAGUACGCCCGCCAGCGGGAGCACCUUGAGAGGAACCUGGCCACCCUCAAGAAGAAGGUGGUGAAGGAGAGCGAGCUGCACCGCAGCGACUAUGUCCGCAUCAUGCAGGAAAAUGUCUCUCUGAUCAAAGAAAUUAAUGAGCUCCGCAGAGAGCUGAAGAUAACACGCUCUCAAGUCUAUGACCUUGAAGCAGCCCUGAAACUGACCAAGAAAAUGAGACCACAAGAAACCCUUGAGACAGUGCCCACCACAGACAAGGCCCCUGUCUCUCCCACUAUGAGAUUGAAUGAGCAAGAAGAAACCGAGAGAAUCAUCGAAAUGCAACGCCUAGAAAUCCGACGUCUCAGAGAUCAGAUACAAGAACAAGAGCAGAUCCCAGGGUUCCACACCAUUGGUGGGAUCCGGCUCCCUUCCCUCAUCGAUUCAGAGGUCGAUUUUGAAGUGCAUACCAAGUGACUCCUCUGGUAACCUGAUUCCAGCCACAGCCAGAAGUACCUGGGCCCAAGGAUAUGUCACUAGCCCAGACUGGUCCCUGCAGCCUGCCCCCACUGACCCCCACUGACCUCUUUCUCUUGUCCUGGGGAUCUGGAGUCAGGGUCAGAAUAAAGGUUUUUGCAUACAACCUUGUCCAACUUCUGCUUAACUAAAUGGCUCUGGGCAGGAAAGGGAAAGAGGGGAGCCUGAGGACUGGGGGGCCAGCUGCUCACCCAAAGCUACUCUGGGCUGUCCUGUGUGGGAAUUUGGCUGCCUGGACUGCAGAGAUCAUAUAGGAGUUGAGGCUGCAUUUCUGCCUGCUGCCUCAUGUCUGGGCUGGAGGACCAGGCUGCCUGCUGACAUCUUAGGUAGGCCCACCUGCUGCCUCCUUCUUGGCUUUCUCCUCUCCGAGCCAAAUCAAAACCCAACAAAGCCUCCUACGGUUUCUUUUCCUGUAUGAAAUGCAAUAAGACUGAGGAGCAGGUGAGCGUGUGUACACUCAUGCCUGUGUACCUGCUGUGCAUGUGUGUUGCUAGGAACCAAACCUAGGGUCUUUGAAAUGCUAGGCAAGUACUCUACUGCUGAGCUACUUCCCUAGUCCUGUUUCUAAGGAAAUGUGUAAGUAAGAGUGAUGGAAAAGACAAUAAAGUAAAAUGAUAGGCACGUCAAAGUUAAAUGAUUUUUCCCAAGGGCUUACACUACCUGCACACUUUGCUCUCAGGAAUACAGGCAGACUUCUGCUCUUCUUUCUGGACUUGUCUUUGUUCUGCAUACUCUCCCCAACUGCUUCACUUCUGGGUGCCACUUUUUCUCCUCUGAGCCCCACUCUAGGAGACCUGACCACAUGUAAGUACCAGAAAAGAGACACUCUUAUGCACUAAAGAGCAAAAAAGUACAAGCCAAAUGUCUCUGGCUUCUACCUUUAGAGUUCCCUACGUAUGCCUCCAGUCCCUCCUUGUCUCUGCUAGUCCUCUCCAGCUGGCAUCUCUGGCUUCCUACCUUUUCCUGCUGCUUUACCAGCUCUGAGCACUGCUCUUGGAUUAGUAUUCACAGAAGAACUGGGUUUCAGCUGUCUUGUUCAGCAAGGCUCUCCUGAAAAUACAAGGCAGAGACCAUCAA